GCUUUUGGAACCUACUGCCAAAGAUGAUUAGGAAGAUGACCUAUAGACUGGGAAGACACGUGUCUGCUGUGGCAAGUAGGACCAUCCAGGUGAGAAGAUUUCUGCAUGGUGCUUAUUUCAGGAUUCAGCCCUCCGUACAGGAAGCAUUGGUGGAGGGGAGACCGGUUGUAGCCUUGGAAAGCACCAUCAUUACCCAUGGCAUGGCCUAUCCUCACAAUCUGAGCAUGGCCAGAGAGGUGGAAGAAAUUGUAACAGCAAACGGGGCAGUGCCAGCCACUGUGGGUGUCCUCAGGGGCAGAAUCCACAUUGGCCUCACGGAUGAGGAACUUCAGUUCUUGGCAGGCAGUAAAAAUCUAAUUAAAGUGUCCCGGAGAGAUCUCCCUUACGUCCUCAGCCAGGGCUUGUCUGGGGGCACGACGGUGUCUGGCACAAUGAUAGCAGCGCACAAAGCAGGAAUCCCCGUGUUUGUGACAGGAGGCAUAGGAGGCGUCCAUCGUGGGGGAGAGGACACUCUGGAUGUGAGUGCUGACUUGACGGAGCUAGGACGGACUCCAGUUGCUGUUGUAUCUGCAGGAGUCAAGUCUAUCCUGGAUAUUGGCAGGACUCUGGAAUAUCUGGAGACUCAGGGAGUCUGCGUAGCCGCCUUUGGAGAGUCGAGGGAGUUUCCAGCCUUCUUCUCACGCCAAAGUGGCUUCCAGGCUCCGUGUCAUGUCCGUAAUGAGGAGGAGGCAGCCRAACUCAUUGCCAGCGCRCUGGGGCUGGGCCUGCGCAGCGGGGUGCUCAUAGCAGUGCCCUGUCCCCAGGAGCGAGCCGCCGCGGGCCGCGUCGUCGAAGAGGCCAUCCAGCAGGCGCUGCGUGAAGCCGGGUUAAAAGGGAUCACAGGCAAAGAAGUGACUCCUUUUCUGCUGCAGAAGAUCAGUGAYCUGACCGACGGAGAAUCGCUGGCCUCUAACAUCGCUCUGAUCCAGAACAAUGCUCGAGUGGGCAGCUGCAUUGCAGUGGCCCUGAGCAAACUACAGAAAGCCACGAGGAAGAGGAGGCUGCCUCAGAGAGAGGACACGAUUGCACCUCAGCCAGUGGUGAUUGGAGGCAUCAACGUUGACUUUAUAGCCAAGGCGCAGAACUCUGUCAUCCUGGGCGGUGGACAAACAAAUGCUGGAAGAGUGCGGAGAUCUUUGGGCGGCGUUGGAAGAAACUUGGCAGACUGCUUAAGCCGUCUUGGGCUGACUCCUCUCUUUUUAUCAGCUAUGGGAAGAGAUGAACAUUCAGAGUCCGUUCUACGCUACUGUCACCACAUGGACAUGAGAGCUGUCCUUCAGCUGGAGGGGAAGGACACAGCCACUUACUGUGCUGUGAUCACUAGUGCCGGGGAGCUCAGCGUUGGCUUGGGAGACAUGGACAUCCACCAGGAGAUAACAGAGCAAUACGUGUCCAAAUUCAAGGAGAGCCUGCUCCGGGCGCCGCUGGUGUGCGUGGAUGGAAACGUGCCCCUUUCCACUCUCCAGUAUGUCUGUCAGCUAGCCAGGGAGCACGGGCUGCCAGUAUGCUAUGAGCCCACAGAUGAGAACAAGGCGUCUAAGCCGUUCCUCUCAGACAGCUGGAAAGCACUCACGUUCAUCUCCCCCAACCUGCAAGAACUAAGAGCAAUAAAUCGGACCCUCGGGAACCCUCUGCCAGCAGAGCUGCCAUCCACGUUGGAAGACGUGGUCCCGACGGCCAUGAGGCUGGCCCGGCCCUUGCUGACGCAGCUGCGCUGUGUGGUGGUGACACUCGGCGCUCACGGAGUCCUCUUAUGUGGCAGGAGCCUGGGGGGCAACGUCUUGCUUUGUCCCCGAGCUCMCCAACAGGGUGCUGCUGGCAGCCUGUGUGCCGCCCACUACCCCGCCAUCCACAUCAGCAGGGAGGAGAUAGUUAAUGUCUCUGGAGCUGGUGACAGUUUAAUGGCUGGAGUCAUUGCAGGGAUGCUUGCUAACCAUGACACAGAUACCUGUGUCCGGAUGGGUCUUCUUGCUGCAAACUUGUCUCUCCGUUCCUAUGAGCCCAUUUCCCCAGAAAUCAGCACUCACAGUGUCAGCCUGGAUCAAGUCAAGAGCAGGAACUGGCCAGAGGUGAAGAUAUGGGAGAUGGACUAAAUUUUGUGCACCAUGGCUUUCUCACUCGCUACCUUAUCCUUCCUAACACAGCCAGGCAGCAGAAUGUUUCGAGUUGCAAGCUCAGAAACUUGAUUGCUGGGCGGUCAACUUGGCCUUGCAGUGCACACUGCACCUUUUAGGAGGAGAACUGUCAAUACUGCCUUUGGGGACAACUUGUAUUGCAUUGUGCACACUCACUUUUGCCCGCUGUUGCUUCCUCUUUCUUUUCUUCGGUGUGUUGAAUCAAGCUGCAACUGCACCUUGAUUCUUCUGUAUGCCACCUGUUGAUAGUUUAUCUCAUCUCAGGCUCUAAUGGGAGCACUUAACUGUUCUGAUCAUGGGUAAAAUUACUCAGGCCCCAAGCCAGGGGACCCUUGUAAAGAAAAGCAGGACUCAGCUCUUUCAGACUUCCUGCCUUCUUGAUCUCUAGGUCACCAUCUUAUGUCACUAUUGUAAAUUACCCAAAUAACAACAGAGCAGCUCCCUCUUGUAAAUUAACGACAGAGCAGUUCCUCUAUUGUUACCUUCCAGAUCUUGGGACCAUUUCUCUUUAGGCAGGCCCUGUAGCAACAUACUGUCUUGCUCCUCACUCCUGAUUUYUCUCCAACAUCUCUCAUGAACAUCU